AUGAGUAGGCCACCCCAGGGCCGUGGUCAGCCUCGAGUAGGUGCCACAUUCUAUCCUGGUGGCUCAGACGAUUACCACAUGCCUGAGGUUAUCUCCCCUUCUCCUCAAAGAGUGAUGCCUGAAGUCCCUGAGAACAUGCAGGACAACAUAGCCAAUCUUGAGCGCCAGGCCCGUUCCCCGCGAUCUCCUCACUCUCAGCCUCCCUCUGCUUCAUACGAUCGCCCCCACUUUCCCGAACGGACUUCAUCUUUCGCAUCACAAGGAUACAAUCAAGAUGGCCCUCAUGCGAGCAACAAUGGUCAGUCUGGCUACGGCGGGGAUUCGUAUGGUCAUUCCGAUUCCUACGGGACGAUUGACCAGCCGAACUUUUCUCCGUUCCCUGUGCUGCGCAACCCGCCUCCCAAUGUACCCCCUACCGAUGAACAGAAAGAAGCAAAUCUAGAAAGAGCGAGGAUGUCAGUCUUGUCUUCCAACGACCCGGAAGUGCAAUUGGCCUGGGCCCAGGAUGCGCUUUCCUAUGUCGAGGUUGCGAUGCAGAAUGAGCUUCGUAUGUCGCUGGUCCAGCCUCCUCGACCCCAAACACCCCAGGUUGAACGUCAGUUGAGGACGGAUGCGAUGAACAUCGUGAACUUUCUGGCAGAUCAGCAUCAUCCCCGCGCAGAGUUCAUCAAGGGCAUGUGGCUUGAAUUCGGAAAGUUUGGUUUCCGGGUAGACAAGAAAGAAGCCUUCCGUUGUUAUGCUAGAGCUGCCGAAAAAGGGUACGCUCGAGCAGAGUACCGAAUGGGUAUGCAGUUUGAAAGUUCAAACGAGCCCGCCAAGGCUAUUAGACAUUAUGAGAAAGGUGUGGCGAUGAAGGAUUCGGCAUCGUACUACCGCCUUGGUAUGAUGAUUCUUCUUGGCCAGCAUGGACAGCGUCAAGAUUAUCAGAAAGGAUUGGAAUACAUCCGCUUGGCCGCGCAAUCUUGCGAUGAGAAUGCUCCACAAGGUGCCUAUGUAUAUGGCAUGCUUCUCGCCAGAGAAUUGCCCCAAGUCAAUAUUCCCGACCAGUACUUACCGAUAGAUAUAAACGCCGCUCGUGUCAAUAUCGAAAAGGCUGCCUACCAUGGGUUCGCAAAGGCCCAAGUCAAAAUGGGUGCCGCCUAUGAACUCUGCCAGCUAGGCUGCGACUUCAACCCGGCCCUAUCCUUACACUAUAAUGUUCUAGCAGCGCGCCAGGGAGAGCCGGAGGCGGAAAUGGCCAUCAGUAAAUGGUUUCUCUGCGGGCACGAGGGACUCUUCGAAAAGAACGAUGAGAUCGCCUUCACGUACGCUCAACGGGCGGCUCAAAGUGGUCUCCCGACUGCGGAGUUUGCGUUGGGAUAUUUCUAUGAGGUUGGCAUCCACGUCCCCGUUGACCUCAACGAGGCUAGAAAGUGGUAUGCCAAAGCCGCCGCAAAUGGGAAUAAGGAUGCAGCUUCCCGAAUCGACAGCAUAUCACGAUCGAAGACGCUUUCUAGGAAGGAUCAUGAACACGUUGCGAUUGCCCGCAUCAAAUCGCAGUACGGUUCUCAUGGACGGAACCGUCAAUCCUACGAACAAAACCAGUCCAUGGCACCGCCUCAGGAAACCUUGGAGAUGCCUGAUCCUUCGCGAAUGCGCAUCUCCGACGAUGGCCCAGGGGCUCAUCGUUCUGCGUCGGCGGCGCCAUAUCCAGAUGGGCCUGGUUCUGGUCGCCCUGGCCCUGGUGGCCCACCGAAUCAGUGGUCGCCCGAGGCCCGCCCUAGUUCUGCAUUUGGCAUCAAUCCUAACAUCCAUCCUGCCUCUCCAAGCUACGGCGCUGGUGCUCCUCCAUCGAAUCGUGCCCCUUCGAGCGGUCCACCGCCCAUGGGCAACCGUCACCCGAGCGCUGGGAUGCAGUCUCCCAAGAUGUCACCGGGUGUAGGUGAUGCAAACGGUCCCCAGGGUGUCCCCAAAUUGGAUGUCGGCUACUCUGCACCUCUCGAACAAGAUAGGCAAAGGCGACCUCAACGGCCAGAUAAUCCAGGCAUGGGCAGAGCACCAGUGCCACCCCAGAACGCGAAUCGUGCCACUCCUCCCGCACAGGCAGGAAGGACGUCGGCGCCGCCUGGCCCAGGGCGGCCGUCGUCUUCUGGACAUCACCCCCCACGGAACGAUUCUAUGCCUCCUUCAUCGAGGCCAUCCCCGGCUUCUACCCCCAAACCGACCGGUCCAUCGAACAACCAGCCAUCGAAGCCAACCAAUGCUCCCGCGAAACCGAGCCCCGGCGGUCUCCCUGGAAAAGGGCCUAAGACCUUUGAGGAAAUGGGAGUUCCCGCAGUCAAGCAGGAAAGUGAAUGCAUCCUCAUGUGA